UGUAAUUGGAUCACUCUGGUCUCUCUUCUUCUUUCUCCAAUCAUCAUACCGAUUUUCACUUCUUCCUCAACCUCACCGGUAAAAAUGGCGAUGUGGGUAUUCGGGUACGGAUCUCUAAUCUGGAAAACAGGUUUCCCUUUUGACGAAAGCCUCCCUGGUUUCAUCAAAGGCUAUCGCCGAGUCUUUCACCAAGGUAGUACUGAUCAUAGAGGAACUCCAGAGUUUCCUGGAAGAACAGUGACAUUAGAAUCUGCUGAUGGAGAAGUUUGUUGGGGAGUUGCUUAUAAGAUAACCAAAGAGGAAGACAAAAGAGAUGCUUUAACACAUUUGGAAGUGAGGGAGAAGCAAUAUGAUCAGAAAGAGUAUCUUGAUUUCUUCACUGAGUCUAAUUCAGAACCGGCUGUAACAGGAGUGAUGGUAUACAUAGCUUCACCUGACAAGAAGAGUAACAACAACUACUUAGGACCAGCUUCUCUUGAAGACAUUGCCAAACAGAUAGUUAAAGCUGAAGGACCUUCAGGGCCAAACAGAGACUAUCUUUUCAACCUCGAAGAAGCUCUCGCUCAACUCGGGUUUAAAGAUAAACAUGUCACAGAUCUCGCAAACCAAGUUAGGCACAUUCUUUCAGAGACCGAGGAGUCGUCAGUUGAUGAUGGUACCGCCAACAAUGUCUAGAUUUCGCAGUUUCUUUUCGAUACGAGAUGCAUAUUGCAUCCCAAUUCAAUGUGUUGUUAUCACUAUCAAUCAACUCUCUGCUUAUUCAUAUUUGAUUAAAAAUUGUGGAGUGGGUAUAAAGAUCAUUCCCGGUAUACGAUUCCUCAAGUUGUAGUCUUGAGUGUGGGAUUCCCACUUAGUUAUCACUGUAAUUAAAAGUUGGACAUAUAUUAUUA